AUGAGUUGUCGAUGGUCAUUAGCCGAGGGUGGUAUAAUUGGCGCGGCGUUUUGGGAGACCAUCUGUGGCGAACACGAUCUCGACUACUCGGGCAACUACCACGAGGGCGACCCCAUCCGCAAGCAGAAGCUCGACGUCUACUUCAACGAGGCGUCGUCGGGCAAGUACGUCCCGCGGGCGGUGCUCGUCGACUUGGAGCCGGGGACGCUGGACGCGAUCAAGCAGCUGAAGAUCGCCAACCUUUUCCGCCCCGACAACUUCAUCUUUGGCCAGUCGCUGGCGGGGAACGUGUGGGCCAAAGGCCACUACACCGAGGGCGCCGAGCUCGUCGACUCGGUGCUUGACAUCGUCCGCCGUGAGGCGGAAGGGUGUGACUCGUUGCAAGGGUUCCAGAUCACCCACUCUCUUGGUGGGGGUACCGGGCUGGGGAUGGGGACGUUGUUGAUCCUGAAGAUCCGCGAGGAGUUCCCCGACCGGAUGAUGGCGACGUUCUCGGUGGUGCCGUCGCCCAAGGUGUCGGACACCGUCAUCGAGCCUUACAACGCGACAUUGUCGGUACACCAGUUGGUCGACAACUCCGAUGAAACGUUCUGUAUCGACAAUGAAGCCCUCUACAACAUCUGCCAGAAGACGCUCAAGUUGCCCCUGCCCCUGUACGACCAGCUCAACCACUUGGUGUCGCUGGUGAUGCUGGGCGUCACCACCUCGUUGAGAUACCCCGGCCAGCUUAACUCCGACUUGCGCAAGUUGUACGUCAACUUGGUCCCGUUCCCGAGAUUGCACUUCUUCAUGGUCGGCUACGCCCCGUUGACGUCGAUCGGGUCGCAGCUGUUCCGCUCAAUUACCGUCCCCGAGUUGACGUCGCAGAUGUUCGACUCCAAGAACAUGAUGGCGGCGUCGGACCCCAAGAAGGGGCGCUACUUGACGGUGGCGGCGUUCUUCAGGGGUAAGGUGUCGGUUAAAGAAGUCGAGGACGAGAUGCUUAAAGUGCAGCAAAAGAACGCUCAGUACUUCGUCGAAUGGAUCCCUAACAACGUCCAGACCGCGGUGUGCUCGGUGCCCCCGAAGGACAUGGACAUGUCGGCGACGUUCAUCGGCAACUCGACGUCGAUCCAAGAAUUGUUCCGCCGCGUCGGCGACCAGUUCACCGCCAUGUUCCGUCGUAAGGCGUUCUUGCACUGGUACACGUCGGAAGGUAUGGACGAGAUGGAGUUCACCGAGGCCGAGCUGAACAUGAACGACUUGGUGUCGGAGUACCAGCAAUACCAGGACGCCGGCGCCGACGACGACUUGGAGUACGGCGACGAGAUUAUGGACGAACCGCCCAUGGAAUAG